CCUUCCUUCCUUCCUCUUUCUCUCUCUCUCCUUUCUUCUUUCUUUCUCUUUUCUUCUCAUUUAUUCAUGAGAAACAGAGAGGCAGAGUGAGAAGCAGGCUCCUCGCAGGACCCUGAUGCGGGACUCCAUCCCAGGACCCUGGAUCAUGGCCUGGGCCAAAGGCAGAGUACAUUUCUAUUUCUGACCUCUUACUCGAGCUUAAGACCUCCCAAGUAAAAUAUCUUGUUGACACCUGGGAUAAACUGUUUAUCCAAAAAGGAAUUACCUUCCUCUUACGUGUUUCUACUUUGUUUUUAAAUCACCAUCCUUUGCACACCCAAACUACUACUCCCUCACUCAUUCAGAUGCCUAUCAUCAAGGCUUGUGUUUAACCUUGAAAAUAAAUACCUUUCUUAGAGAACGCCUUUAAUUUCCAUCACUGCCACUCCCUCAGUUGAGGUCCUCAUCCUUUGGCACACAGCAGGUACUCACAAAUGAGUAAUCUCAAAAAUGUCUCAACCGCAUAAAGCUCUAACAAGUAAGUUGUGGCAUCCGGCCUGGAGCUCCAGUGUUUUAGUCCCCAGUGUGGAUAUCCGAGACCUCUUUGCAUCCUAACACAGGGAACCCAGACUCUAGGGAGAUCAUGUUACAAGGAAAGUCGUACACUCGAGUCUCCAUUCUUACCCUGUGCGAAUGCAAUGCUGAGCUAGAUUCUGCAAGUUCCCUUCUCAAGCAGUGAAGCUUCGAAGUGUUCCUCUUCAGUGAGAACUCUGGUCAGCGUUUAAGGAGUGCUCUCCUUCCCGCUGGCCUCCAUUGUAACUAGUUCCGAUCUCAGCUGACAGGAAAAACUACCUCAUCUGCCGCUGCGAGGAAGCGGCGACGUCACGGCUGGAAUGCACUGACCCCGUUUUUCGGGUUUCGCAGACCACGGGGCCCCGAGGCCUGGAAUGACUAGGACGCCGGAGACCGCAGCUCCUAGCGUCCCGGGGGGGGUCCAGCCCCGCUCAGACAGCCGGGUCCCCGCCCGCCUCAGGGCGCCCCCGGCGCUGGGCGGCCGCCGUCCGGCCCGGGGCGAGCGAGUGGGUGUGAGCGUUGGGGGCCGGCCAAACUUCCUGUCCCGCGCUCCGGCUGCUUCCGGCGGGAGCCGGAAGACGCUGUGUGUGGACGGAAUUCGGGACCGCCUGACGGCCAGCCGGCUGCCCGGGACGGAAAGAUUUUAUUUAUUUAUGAGAGACACACACAGCGAGAGAGGCAGAGACACAGGCAGAGGGAGAAGCAGGCUCCAUGCAGGGAGCCCGACGUGGGACUCUAUCCCAGGUCUCCAGAAUCAGGCCCUGGACUGAAGGCAGAUUUCUGGAAGCUGGCAAGGGGAAGAAGAAGGACUCAACAGGACAAUAAACACUUAUUCAGGCUAAAUUGAUUACCCACCCAGCACAACAUCUUACAGGAAAAACAUAGCAUUUCCUAGAGGAAUAUGAGCAUUACAAGAAGGUGUUAUUGACUCUGAAUUAAAUUUUUAACUGGUCCCUUGAACAGCUACAGGAUUUGGAAGCUGAAUCAAUGUUAUCAGAUGAGUUAGAAUCCAAACCAGAGCUCCUGGUACAGUUUGUUCAGAAUACAUCCAUCCCAUUGGGACAGGGGCUAGUAGAAUCAGAAGCUAAAGACAUAACUUGCUUGUCCCUCCUUCCAGUGACUGAGGCCUCAGAAUGCAGUCGGCUGAUGUUACCAGAUGAUACUCCAAGUCAUACAAACUCCUCCAAAGAGGUCCCUUCCUCAGCUGUUUUGAGAAGCCUUCAGGUGAAUGUGGGCCCAGAUGGAGAGGAGACGAGGGCUCAGACUGUACAGAAGUCCCCGGAGUUUUUGUCGACUCCAGAGUCUCCUAGCUUGUUGCAAGAUCUACAGCCAAGUGAUAGCACUUCUUUCAUUCUUCUUAAUCUAACAAGAGCAGGUCUGGGCUCUUCAGCUGAGCACUUAGUAUUUGUACAAGAUGAGGCAGAGGAUUCAGGGAAUGAUUUCCUCUCCAGUGAGAGCACGGACAGUAGCAUUCCAUGGUUCCUCCGGGUUCAGGAGUUGGCUCAUGAUAGUUUGAUUGCUGCUACUCGCGCACAACUGGCAAAGAAUGCAAAAACCAGCAGCAAUGGAGAAAAUGUCCACCUUGGUUCUGGUGAUGGGCAGCCCAAAGAUUCUGGGCCCCUUCCUCAAGUGGAAAAGAAGCUCAAAUGUACAGUUGAAGGCUGUGACCGGACAUUUGUGUGGCCAGCUCACUUCAAGUACCAUCUCAAAACGCAUCGAAAUGAUCGCUCUUUCAUCUGUCCUGCAGAAGGUUGUGGGAAAAGCUUCUAUGUGUUGCAGAGGCUGAAGGUGCAUAUGAGGACCCAUAAUGGGGAGAAGCCCUUCAUGUGCCCCGAGUCUAGCUGUGGUAAGCAGUUCACCACAGCUGGAAAUUUGAAGAACCACUUGCGCAUCCAUACAGGAGAGAAGCCUUUCCUUUGUGAAGCCCAAGGAUGUGGCCGUUCCUUUGCUGAGUAUUCUAGCCUGCGGAAACACUUGGUGGUUCACUCAGGAGAGAAGCCUCAUCAGUGUCAGGUCUGUGGGAAGACCUUCUCUCAGAGUGGGAGUAGGAAUGUGCACAUGAGAAAGCAUCACUUGCAGCUGGGAGCAGCUGGGAGUCAAGAGCAGGAGCAAACUGCUGAGCCACUCAUGGGCACUAGUUUGCUUGAAGAGGCCUCAGUAACCAGUAAAAACCUGGUGCCUAUGAAUUCCCAGCCCAGCCUUGGUGGAGAGUCCUUGAAUCUACCAAAUACCAAUUCUAUCCUAGGAGUUGAUGAUGAGGUGCUUGCUGAAGGAUCCCCACGUCCUCUGUCUUCAGUGCCUGAUGUGACACAUCACUUGGUGGCCAUGCAGUCAGGGAGGCAGUCAUAUGAAGUUUCUGUCUUAACUGCUGUAAAUCCACAGGAGUUACUAAACCAAGGAGAAUUAACUGAAAGACGGACAUGAGCAUGGGUACCACCUCCUGGAAGAGCAGCUCUAUCUGAUCCUGGAGUGCACAUAGUGGGAACAAGACGCUUAUGGCUCGUAAUCUGCCAGAACCAAAAUGAAUCUGUGAAGGACAGGACCCCACUUUUGCCUCUGUUCAUCUUCUCUGACACAGAAGAUGAAUGUAGGAGAGCUUCUCUUCAAACUACAUCUGAUCCAGACAAGGAAGAAAGCAGUGAAUGUGGGCUGGGUAACUGUACCUACCUCUCUUCCCACUACAAAAUUUUGGGAUGGACUUCUCCCAAAAGGGAAUUUGAUUACGUGUUGGCUGAAAUUUCUUCAGUGUAACUGUUGAGAAGGGAUUUUCAUUUGAAGAAUUUGCAUCCCAGACUCAGCUGGCUUUUCACCAGGAUGAACUAAAUCCUGCCACCAACCAUAAAACUUCACCAAGAAGUUGAGCUUUCAAGAUGCCUUGUUGCUUUGGAGAAGGGAGUGAUGUCAAUUCUAUUGUGGCAUUUUCCCUUUAGCAACCUGAGUAAGAGACUCUCUGCCACUGGGCUGCAAAAAAAAUAAAUUACUUGAAUCCCUACUUGGCCCGGGCUGAGGUACUAUCUUGUCAUAUCCACCUCUACUUGGUUAUUUUGCUUUGUUUAUGGAAUAUACAGUAGCAUGUUAAAAGGAUUUUGUUUUUUUGAAAGUUAAAUAUCACAUGAUUCAGACCUUCAGUUGUUUUCCCUUUAAAUAAACAAGACAGCCCAGUCA